AUGGCGAGACCUCACGAAGAACUCCACAUAUUGUGUGAUUGCCUACGCUCUGUUAACAUUGGGCUGGAUUCAUACGAGCCUGACUCCCAACACUUGCCGAUCAUCGACUCAUCGGGAGAAGAAACGGGUGAAGGAAAGGCUCAGACGCGAGAAGUAUUGCCUGGGCUGCGAUUUCUACGAGAAGAGGCGAAGCGAGACCUGCAAAUUCUCCAGAAAUUUCUUGAUAACCCAGAAUUGGCCUCCCUUCCUCCUCUCUCAACCAAUGCACCAUAUCUCGUUGCAGUGUGGCAGGAACUGCUUCAAGCCCGCGGGGCUGUUGCGAUUUAUCGGACAUUCUAUGCCGCCGCUCAACCUCAGGCUUCCCGUAAACCCAAGAGCGGCACGCCCAAAGGGCGUGGCGUCAAGGUCGAUGUGGUCGCUGACAACGGGAGACGUUGGAUCAGAAUCAAUACGAUAAAGAACAGUCGCAUUUUGAUGGAGUUUCACGAAAUGGACUCGUAUCUUACGAGCUCUGACGAGGACGACGGCGAUGGGCAGUCUUUCGAGAAGAAGGAAAGUUUGACUCCCGAAGAGUUUGACAAUUCUGUGCUGCGCAUGGGUCGUGAACUUUUGGAUGCUGCACGCGCAAACCCUCUUCAUGGUUCCAACGAAAUUCCUUCAGUUACCAUGCGUCUAACCCGACUGAAUCCGUCCCUCUCCGACACCGACCACAAAAAGAGCGAUCCGAGGAUCGCAUAUACAAUCGAAUGUCUCCAGAGAAUGGGCAUAGAUAUCCAAUUGGGAGAAAAGCAAGGCAUCGUAAAGGAGACAACCGACACUCCUGCGCAGCCAAUGAUAGAGUUCGAGCCCACCACUCAUAUCAACCUCGAUCUCUCAGCAUUGAUAGCGCUCAUCUCUGACAUCACUCACUCCCAUCUACCUCGUGAUCCGGAAGAAGCCACCGCGCGAUUCAUCCCGCCGCAGAGAUAUGUGGAAUGGAAGAAGCAACGUCUACAAACACUUUUCGAGUCUACAGAUGUAACAACUACGUGGGAGGACUCUGGAACCCAUUCAAGAGCACUUGCAGACCAGGCUCAACAAGAGAUGAAGAAGGGUUUCUUACAAGAUAUGCACGACCGAUUGAGUUCCAUCUCCCCUACUCUGCAAAAUAUCCAAUUUUGGACGACACAAGAGGCUCGCCAACGCUGUCUCCAGAUCGUGUCCAAGAUCGGGGGGACGAAAGAACGUCAGCGCACCGACGCACUUCUCUCUUCUUCAUGUUCUCAGCCGAAUAUCAUACCUGCUCAUAAUCAAUACUGGGCGCAUUCACGAUAUCCACCUAAUUUGAUUCCAUUGUUGCCUAUUAGGUUGUUUCCAUCCACAGAGCCUGACGAUACUUCCCUCCAGUCUUUUCAGCCAACCCAUUCAUCACCUUUCUUGACAUCCCUUGCCUCGACCUGUCGGAAUAUACUAUCCAAAGAAGAGAUCUCGACACUUCGUGCAUUGCAGACUGCGCCUUACCUAAGUAACGACGCAGGCGACAUCCCACCGGCGGCGGUCGCUGUGGCAAACCCGAAGCUCACAGUCCAUACUGCCCAAAGCAUGCUUUGGGGAGCAGCACUUGGAUGGACCACAUUGACCACCAAUAGAUCCAGCGUGAAGGCGCUACUUAGAGAGAUGAAAAAAUACGGUGGAGGUGGAUCGUUGAUCUACGAGCCCCCUGGCAGAGAUGAGACUGCUCGCGCAUCCAAAGCCGCAAUUUGGAUCGUAAACCCACGAAGCUUAGCUGAAGGAAUGCGAUCAGACUGCAGUCGCGAGUAA